CUUGCCAUUAAACGGGCUCUUCCGGUAUCUUCACGAUCUCACUCAGCUCAGCUGUCAUUCUUAUUUGCAAACAAAGAUCCCGUGCUCGGAUGUUUGCAGCUCCGCCGCCCGUCCACCCCGUUUGUCACUUGAAUCGUGCUGUUACCGGAUAAAAUGGGAGAAAACGGCGACACCGAGAUCAUAGAGCAUCACGUUGACGAGGAGAUGGAGAAGAAGAGGAUAUUAAGAAGUCAUGGCUCUUCGUUCAUGGAGAGUGUUACACCGUCGGAGAGGGAUGGACACAGUAGUACGCAGUCUUCCCACCGGCUGCUGGCAUACAGUGACGCGCUCAUCUCAAUCAUAGCCACUGUUAUGAUAUUACCUGUUGCACAUACAAAGGUCCAAGAUAACGAGGAAUUGAAGGAGAGUCUGCAGGUUCUGCUCACCACUAAGAUAGCUGUGUACCUGAUGACCUUCCUCAUAGUGACCGUAGCAUGGGCUGCUCAUAUCAGGUUAUUUCAAGUCAUUGAACGUAUUGAUGACUGCCUUGCACUUCUCAACCUAGCUUGUAUGAUGUUGAUCACCUUUCUGCCGUACACGUUUUCCCUCAUGGCAACGUUUCCUGAGAACAUCUUGGGAAUCCUCCUGUUCUGUGCCUGCGUCAUGGUGUUAGGCUUCAUUCAGGCUGUUAUAGUGGUGUACGGCUUCAGCCGUCCGUUCCUGCUCAACGACCAGAUCCAGGUGUCGGAGAACCAGGUGUUCUAUAAACAUCACAUCCUGAAGGUCAUCAUGAGGGUCCCCAUCAUGUGCUUCUUCGCCAGUAUCUUCUCAUUCAUCUUCUUUCAGAUGUCCUAUGUGAUCCUAGCCAUCGUAAUCUUCCUGCCUUACAUCUCCCAGUCUCUAAAAUGGUGCCGCAGCAAAGCUAUCGGCCAGGUGGAGGAGACGCCUGAUUCCAUGAUGUUUUAUACGUACCAUCCAAACGAACCCCUCAGCAAGGAGAGGGUGGAGGCCUUCAGUGACGGCGUGUUUGCCAUCGUAGCUACUCUACUCAUCUUAGACAUAUGUGAGGACAAUGUCCCCGACCCAGUGAUGGUCCAGAAACAGUAUGGUGGCAGUCUGGUGGCUGCCCUGCAGAACUAUGGUCCAGAGUACCUGGCCUACUUCGGCUCCUUCGCUACCGUGGCUCUCCUCUGGUUUGUCCAUCACUCUCUCUUCCUUCACGUCACCAGGACCACUCGUUUCAUGGGCCUCCUCAACACCUUCUCUCUGGCCUUCGUAGGGGGCCUGCCCUUGGCCUACCAGCUGACCCACGAGUUCCCCCGUAACUCCCGCAACGAGCUGGAGGCCAUCCAGAUCAGCUGCGUCAUCAUCUUCUUCGCCGGCGUCUUCCAGCUUGCCAUCUGGGUGGCGGCGCUGUUCAGCGAACGCGAGACGCUACACCCUUAUGUGCGUUACGGCGGCCGUGAGCACGCCUUCAUGUUGGCCAAGCUGGCGCUGUACCCGUGCGUGGCCCUGGGGACCUUCUUCCUCACCUGUAUUCUUAGUAAAUUCAGCGCGUCUAUUUUCCACCUGAUGGAGAUUACGGUGCCGUUUGCUUUCUUGUUGCUGAGGCUGCUGGUCAGAGGCGGGUUGACGCUGCUCCGGCUCAUAUUCUGCCCAGAUGGGCCGGAGACGAGGAGUGCUCUGGAGGAGGAGGAAGAGGAGGCUAGGAUGCCCUUCAAUACCAUCAUCACUUAGUGGUUGUCAUUUAGCUCGAUGGUCCGUUUGCUCCGGGUCUUUAUUCACAAAUGUUGCAGAGUAGGAGUGCUGAUCUAGGCUCAGUUUUGACGGUUAUAUCAUAAUGUGUAUAUAAUGAAUAAGAUUAUAUGGACAAGUGGGUUCCUGAUCCUAGAUCAGCUUUGUGAAUACAGGCUCUGGGACUGGGGACGUGGUCUGUCGGACAGAUGUACAGUAGCUACAGCUCGUCUUGACCUCUGAAGGGAGAGUUUGAGAUCGAUUCCAUUUGAACUGCACAUUUCAGUUUUGUAUUGAUGAGUCAUUUUCUUUUCAAAUUGGUUGGGUAAGUCAAGUGGUUGUUAAAGGAAAUGGCACUGAGCCAGAGUACAACCAAUGUAAUUGACAGCCCUCCCAUUUUUAUAAUUUGUAUCUGACUUCUUGAAUAAUGGUUUAUUGUUUACCGUUGAGAAUCUAGUCUGUUUGUGUCAACAUUUGCACUCCAAACAUGUUUGGCUUGAGGCACAGGGGUCUUGUUAAGAGUUCAGAAAUCAGCUUUUUUUUUUACCAUUUCACCUGCGUUUUAAUAUUGAAAGUCAAUUUUAUUUGUUGUCUGCUACAAUAGUGACCAGGAGUGUGCAGCUAUAGAUUUCCUUCACAGAAAAUACAUUAGUGCAACACAUUCACAAAAUAGCUUCAUUUUCAUCAGAUGACAACAGAAGUGCUACUCUAUUUGGCGUAGCAGCCACUCAAGUAAAUGAAGUAAAUGAGCUUACAAUGAAAAAGCAAGGUAUUUUGUUUUUGCUAAAACGACGCAUGGUCAUCAGAUUUCAGUUUAUCAUAGAAUGUAGCCAGCUCCUAAUGUUUUACUUCGGGUUAAUCAUUGUACCGGAGGAAAGUAGCUACGCAGUCAGAGCGCUGUCUGUUGGUGAAUUCUCAUCCAAGCGGAGAAGUGCAACUGAAGGACAAAAUGAGUCUGAUGCCGAGCAGAAAUGACAAUAAGUGGCAUUUUAGAACUGCGUUUCCAAAACGCAACAAGAUAUCUCAUUAAAAAUGAUAUAUUUUUUAAAGUCAGUUUAGAACAAAUUCUUAUUUACUCAUGCGUUAAAAAAAAAAAGUGGUGAACAACGCAGAAUUGUGCAUUUAACGUGACCCCUGAGGCAAAGGAGUGAAAUGUUAGCACCGACUGAAUUUCAGGCUAGUUCAUUUUGGGGUUUCAUUCAUUCUGAAUAUUCAUGUCCACUUCCCAACACACACACUGCUCAUAUUGACCGAGUUUAAUCACGGACUAUACAUUCUAUAAACAGUUUUUUCUUUUCUUUUCUAUAACAUGAAAGAGUGAGUGAGCAGCAUGAAUCUGACCAACAGGGUAACUUCACUUUUUUCAGUUCAUAAUAUAAUAAUAACCGUCUACAGGAAUGUACUCACAAUGUGUUGGGUCAGCUCAUAAUAUUGCACUUCUUAUUUUACACAAUACAAAUCCCUAUGCUGUGGGUAUACGCUACAAUACUUCUAAAAUCGUAACUUGGAAUUGCUCACAUUUCCUGAUUUAAAUUUGUUUAAAUUCCCUUUUCACAAAUCUUUAAUUCCGUCCAUGUUCAACCCCAGGAUGUGUGUGCUCACGUUACACUGUUAUUCCCUAGUGUUUUCUCCAUUGCCAUAGGGGGGGAAAAGUGCCGUAACAAAAACAGCUGAUUUAUUGGAGUGUACAUAAUGUGCAGAACCCGAUGGAAGGCACAGAAUAAGGACGUAAUAUUGGAGUUCAUUUUGCAUGGCCCCGGUGCGUGGAGAUUUCACAUUAAGGACCAAUGGAAUAAAUAAUGAUGAAACGCUGUUCAUCGGGCCACUUAACACCAACUCACUCAUUUAAAAAAAAGGCAGUUGUGUUUUCUCCACAGCUCCACCAAUCAGGCUCCCAUCACCUCGGUCCACACCGGACGUGUUGUUGCGUCCCUCUUCACGUCUCACAUGCGGCGUUCUCAUUGGCAUCAGACUCCUUGCCCAAUCGCGUCGUAGAGCACUGCUCAUACUACAAGAUGCACGACCAACAUUUUAAGAAAAUGUAUCGGGACAGCCAACAGCCGUUGUGUCCUUGACCUCUCAAAACAACCUAGCCCAAGUUCAUCCCAUUUUGUAGCAUUGUUUCUGCUCAGGCUAGGUUACAUUUAUUUGAUUUACAAUUUUUAAAUUAAGUAAAUAAAAGAAAUGUGAAUAGCCAUUCUCAUCUGUCCAGACAAUAUGUUGUACUCAGAGUAGAUUCAUUUCAGAAAUUAUUUUACAUUACUGGGCCAUUUAAAAUCAACCAUAGUAUGACAUACAAUGAAAUGAAAGACAUGGUUGAAGACAGUGAUUUAUUUAAUAUAGAUGUGCAAUGUUACAUUAUAUUGAAAUGUAAAACACGUUUUUUCUUUGCAAUAUUCUGGAUGUGACGUUUCUUUCCCGAUAAAAAAAAAAGUCACAGAG